UUCUGGCUGAAGUGUAGAGGGGACUCGCUCAAGAAACUUCCAACCAAAGCUGCAUGCAUUCAAAGGUGAAUUACAAGCUACUUUACCUAUACUUUUAGUUAUUGAAUUUUCCAUAAUUUGUCAUUUUAAAUAUCUAUCAAUUUGAUUUUUYCAAGAAUCAAUGAAUACGUGAAAAAUGGCCAAGAAAAGGUUGUAAUCGAUCCUUCUCCUAACAAGAUAUACUCAAGAGGAAAGGAGCUAAAUGAAAGCAAAGACUGUAGUAGAGUGUCAUAUUCAACAACUACAUUUAUUAAAGGUGAUUACUGGAAGACAUGUAAUAGUUUAUCUUGGGGAAGAGACCUCUCAGGGAUGCCGCCUUUUACCAUUCGAGAGCUGGAGGACUUCUUUUCAUCAUCAGGAAAGACUGCUAAAACAAAGAAGAGAGCUGACAACAUACUUUCUGACAAUUUUUUGGACAAUAUUUUUUGCUGCAGUCAGGAACCUUAUUUUCACAUAAAGGCCAUUUGUAGUGCCUCCUACAGGAAAAAUACCUUUCAUCAGCUAAGCUGUUGUAUUGGUUCUAAAACAGCAAUAGUGGAGUAUGCAUUCUGUUCAUGUGUGGMUGGGAAUGGUGGCUUGUGCAACCAUAUUUAUGCUUUGCUCRAGAUAGUUGGUCAAUUUGCUUUGGACAAGUUGGAUACCAUACCAGAGUUAUUGCCCUGUACAUCAAGGCCUUGUGGUUGKACUGUACCACAAAUGAGAAAAACAGAUGCCAUAAAGCCAACAGUYAUGGAAACUGUUGUCAAGAAGGCCAAAUUGGACAAACAUUCKCCUGGAAUAAAAUGCACUCUUUAUGAGGCCAGAUCUACAAAUUCACAAUCCUACCCAUUCAGAGCAAUUGAAAACUUGAAGCAAAGUCUGAAAAACAUAAAUCCCCUUAUUCCAUUAGUUCAUGGAUUACGAGAAAAUAUAAGUGAUCAGGAGUGGACUUCCACAAGGUUUGGUAGGGUACCAAUUUAUUCAAUGCAAGCAAGUCAAUGCAGCAAGUAUGGCAAUAACUUUAAUGCAUAUUACUCUGAAGAAGUUGUUUCAACUCAAUACUCCUCAACUCCAGCAACAAUUUAUCCUGAUUUUCCCCAUAGAAACAUCCCAAUUUACUUUUCUAGUCCCCUAAAUCUUGGUGUUCRUGAAAACAUUACAUUGGAACAACUAAAGGUAACAAUUGAUGAUGCAAAAGCUAUUGAAGAGGCAACUCGUAACCAAUCCAGUAAUGUAUUGUGGCACAAUCUGAGAAAAUUGAGAGUUACUGCUUCUCGAGUUGAUGAAGUUUUUCGAUGGAAAAGAGGUAUGGAAAAUCAUGGACAAAAAUUUGUCAAUCAUACACUUGAUACAUGUAAAAAUCCAGUCCUACAAAGAAAGUUGGCCCAUGGAAAAAUGUAUGAACCGGUGGCUUGGGAAAAAUACAAAGAGUGCAUGGAAUCAGACCUAAAUAUAAAUAUAGAUGUUAUGUCAUGUGGAUUGGUUAUUGACCCAAAGAAUGUCUGGUUAGGAUGCUCCCCUGAUGCUCGUCUGAUAUGUGGCAAUARCAUUGGAAUUGGAGAGUCCAAAUGCCCAGAACAAUAUAAAAACUGUGAUAUUUUUGAUGUCGCAAAAUCAAGCAAUUCAUUCAUGCUAUUGGUCAAUAGUGACAAUAAACUAGAUGUAAGAAAGGAUCAUUCGACAUACACUCAAAUACAAUGUCAGUUAGCCCUGACAGGAGCUCAAUAUUGUGACCUUGUUGUCUACACUUUCAGAAGUAUAGGUGUUGUAAGAGUUAAAUUUGACAGUCAAUUUUGGGAUACCGUUGUUAAUGAUGUGGGAAAUAAAUACUUUAAUUUCAUUUUGCCUAAAUUUUAAAGAAACACUUUWAUGACAAUGUAAUCAUAUUUUUUGCUCUCUUUUGUGAAUAAUAAUAAUAAUUUAGAUCAGUUCAGCUUUC